UGUUACUCCCAGUGUUUACAACUGUGGUACCGAUAGAGCUGGCGGAAAGAAAAGUUCCGAAGACUUCCCCAAGUUCGUAGUGUUCAUAAAGCCUCAAGGCUACGGCCAGGAUACUAAUUAAUCAAGGCAAAGAAGAUGCCUGGCAUAUAGACAACAGUCAGUUCACGUUAUUAGUUUCUUAGUUUGUAAUGAAAGUUAUAAUCGAGCCUAACGUGAUGUUUGACACCGUGACAAAUUUCCCUCCCACUUUAAUACAUUACCUGGCACGUUAAUUUUUUAUGUCACGACCACUGCUUCGUGAUAUAACAUUGGUUUUUACCCCCUUCAGAUUUUUAUGUACCACAGAAAGAAAAAUUUUUUCAAAAAGAAAUCACCCAAUUUUUGCACCAGUCUAGUUGCUCUAGGUUUUAAGAAUCCUUCUCCAUGUCAUAUUGUUCACAUAAAUUUAUGCUGUAUAUGCAGUUGUCAUACACAAUGCUUUAAUGCUUUAACGUGAGAGCACUUUGAAAGUUUCAAAAGUUACUGAAAUUAAAUGGAAGGGGAAAGAAGAUGGCCAGGUAAAAUUAAUAGCAAAAGUUUCAUAAACAUAUUUUCCCUCUGCUUUGGGGGCCAGAUUUUGGAAUGAUAAGAAAGUACUACAGAAAAGAGGAUUAUAAAAAGACUGAAAAAUAAUUUUAAAAAAUAAGGGAAAAAAGAAAACAGAAAAGAGGAUUAUAAGAUUGGCUUUCAGAGAAGAACUCAACAGAGCUUUCUCAAUUUGUAAUCAUGUUAGGUUCUAAAAGUCUUGUAAGUCGAGAAUGAAGUGAGAUUAGGCUUGUAGUCCUCAAAUGCUUUUCCUCCAAAAAUGGAUGUGAGUUAGUCAUUUAAAACUUAAAAUUAGGGACCUAUCUCUUCUCCUUGCUGAUUGUUACCUGAUCUUGUAAGCACCUUUUUCCAAUUUAGAUAAAUUUCAUCCUAGUAGAAAGCCCGCUGACAGAUGAAUGCCCUUUCAAUAUUUGGAGAACUCUACAAGGUCCUGUCAACACUGGAGCAGUGGAAUCUAUUAUCUACUCACCUUGUCAGUGCUCCUUUGUGUUUAUUCAUUCAGUCCUUAAAGGGUGUUACUAUCGUUAAACCAAUAGUUUAUGGUAAUGUUGCUCGAUAUUUUGGAAAGAAAAGAGAAGAAGAUGGGCACACCCAUCAGUGGACAGUAUAUGUAAAACCAUAUCGAAAUGAGGAUAUGUCAGCAUAUGUAAAGAAAAUCCAAUUUAAAUUACAUGAAAGCUAUGGCAAUCCUUUAAGAGUUGUUACUAAGCCUCCAUAUGAGAUUACUGAAACAGGAUGGGGUGAAUUCGAAAUAAUCAUCAAAAUAUUUUUCAUUGAUCCUAAUGAAAGACCUGUAACACUGUAUCAUUUAUUAAAGCUGUUUCAGUCAGACACCAAUGCAAUGCUGGGGAAAAAAACAGUGGUUUCAGAGUUUUAUGAUGAAAUGAUAUUUCAAGACCCAACAGCAAUGAUGCAACAAUUAUUGACAACGUCUCGUCAACUUACCUUAGGAGCCUAUAAGCAUGAAACAGAAUUUGCAGAACUUGAAGUGAAAACCAGAGAAAAAUUAGAAGCUGCCAAAAAAAAAACAAGCUUUGAAAUUGCAGAGCUUAAAGAGAGAUUAAAAGCAAGUCGUGAAACUAUAAAUUGUUUAAAAAAUGAAAUCAGGAAACUGGAAGAAGAUGAUCAGACAAAAGAAAUAUAAACAGUUCUGAAGACAACUUGAUAGUAAGCUAAGCUGAAAAUAAGGUGAACUUUAAAGGAGAGAUGGACUACAAAUGCACUGUUUCUAAGAGGAACUUUAUAUAUAGUUGUCGAGCAUGGAUUUUUCAGCAAUGGGGUCAAAGUAUUUGUACUUUACCAGCAAUCUUUAAUGUGAAAUAUAUGUGUAUAAUAAGAAUGAAUGGUGUAUAGGUAUUUUACCAACCCAUUUCGGAAUAGUUCUGUGAUGUUAAGCACAAUUUUAAAACAUUUUUAUUGCAUUGUAUGUAUAGCCUACCCUUUUGACAGGCAUUGAAAUUUCAUUAUAAAGUAUAACUUGUACAAAUUUUGUACUUCCCCUAGUAGUUAGAAUUGUAAAAUUAAUGUGUAUAUUAAAUUUUUACCUCCCCCAACCCAGCUCUUUUGUAUCUGAUGUGCCCAGUGUCCAGUAAGCACUGAAUAAAUGUAGUCUGCAUAUGCUG